CAACCUUUCGAGGUAACUUGCUGAGUUAAGUCUUACUACCGCAGUAAAAGCCGAAACCACUCUAAAUCCAAAAUGGAACGUUGGGUCGACAAAGUUGCUCUAGUCACCGGUGCUAGCUCUGGAAUUGGCAGAGCCAUCGUCGAGGAAUUAGUCCGGAAGGGAAUGAGAGUCGUCGCCAUGGCUCGUCGCAUUGACAAAAUCAAGGCGUAUGCCGAGGAGUUGAAGCACCACCCAGGAAAGCUCCACCCUCUGCAGUGCGACCUGACCAAGAAGGAUCAGGUGAUGCAUGCAAUGCAGUGGAUAGAGAAGAACAUGGGAAAUAUCGACGUCUUGGUGAACAACGCCGGUGUUGACACUCACACCUCUUUCCUCAACGGGACAAUGGAAGACUGGGAGAAGACAUUUGACGUAAACAUCCUGGGCUUGGUAGCAAUCACCACCGAAUUCCUGAUGAUGAAGAAGAAGCAAGGCUUGAUGGACCGCGGUCACAUCUUCAACAUCAACGACUUCCGAUGCUUCACCCGCCACAAUACCAUGGAGAACAGGAUGUCCGCUCCGUACAUGGCCAGCAAAUGGGCUAUGCGUGGAAUCACGGACAUGCUUCGUACGGAACUCAAGGAACUCGAAUCAAAGAUCAAAGUUACCAACAUUUGUCCGGGCAUGGUCCACACCGAAAUGACAAUGAAGGCCAUAAAGGAACACGGUUGCGCUGCUCUGGAACCCUGUGACGUCGCCGACUCCAUCAUCGUCGCAUUGUGUACUCGUGACACCGUCCUUAUCCGAGACAUGAUCGUAUGUCCCUCUCGUGAUCUCUACUAGAGAGCCAAAAGGACGUCAACGUCGCAGAUCACUGACAGCUCUUGGUACAUACUCGUUCCAAAUUUUCAACUAUGUCGUUCGUUGUAAUUGUAUGUUUUGGUAAAUGAUGUUAUAAAAUAAAGUCUUUGGAUCUGAGCAUACAAA